AUGGUGGAGGCCGUGGUGGAGUUUGACUAUGAGGCGCAGCAGGACGACGAGCUGAGCCUGAGCGUGGGCGACAUCAUCGGGAACAUCCGCAGAGACGAUGGCGGCUGGUGGGAGGGCGAGCUCAAUGGACGACGGGGGCUGUUCCCCGACAACUUUGUGCGGGAGAUAAAGAAGGAGGGUAAACGUGAUGGAGGACAAGCUGCAGUUCUUAAAAAUGAGCUGUCCAACGGCCGGGCCAGUCCUGUGUCCUCGGACACUGGGAUCCGCUCAGGAAAGAAAGUGGAGCAGAUCCGCCAGCGCAGGUGUAAAGCAGCGUUUAGUUACAUCCCACAACAUGAAGACGAGCUGGAGCUGAAGAUUGGCGACAUCAUCGAGGUCAUCACUGAGGUGGAGGAGGGCUGGUGGGAGGGAGUACUCAAUGGUAAAUCCGGGAUGUUUCCCUCAAACUUCACCAAAGAGAUCAUUCUGGACUCAGACAUACCAUCUGUAGACACGUCACAGGAAGACCUCCGCAGCGGACGCACAAGUAAAGACAGCCCUGGCAGUGAGAGCGAUGGAGCUGACAGCCGCUCAGACACAGGAUCAGUGGAGAUUCAGCCCAAGAAGGUGAGAGGAUUUGGUUUUGGCGACAUUUUCAAAGACCAGCCCAUUAAGCUCCGACCGCGAUCUUUAGAAGUGGACACAGAGGCAACCAAGGUGAACGAGGGGAAAGCAUCAACAGCCACAGAAACAAUGAAGACGGAGCCAGAAUGCAAAACAAGAGGGAGGGAGCUGUGUAAAGUCUUAUUCCCAUACGAAGCACAAAAUGAAGAUGAGCUGUCACUCAAAGAGGGCGAGGUCAUCAACAUCAUCACCAAGGAGUGUGCGGAUGCAGGCUGGUGGAUGGGAGAAUUUGGAGGACGACAAGGUGUUUUCCCAGAUAAUUUUGUCAAGCUGCUAGUGCCAGAAGUGGAAAAAGAGAGACCAAAGAAACCACCUCCUCCAAGCACUCCCUCGUCUAAACUCAACACAGAAAAAAAGUCAGAGGUAAAGAGGGUCCCUCCAGAGCGACCUGAGUACCUCCCAAGCAGAGAACAGGACAAAGGUGACGAGCUGAAGCCUGCAGACAUCCCUAAGCCCUCCUUACCUUCUGUCCUGCCCAAGAAACCCCUGCCCCCCAAAACCAACAACUCUUCCUCCUCUUCCCAUCCUCCGAGACGCCCCGAGAGACCACCCACACUCUCGUGUGAGAGCCCCAAAACUGAGGUCAGAUCUACCACCCCAGACCCCGCUCCUGAUAGAUCACAAGACGCCGACAUGGAUUUAGAUUCAGUCAUUGCUUCUACAGACAAACUCGUUCAUCCAACAGUAUCACGGCCGCGAGUCUUAGAUAGACGGCCGAGGUCCCAGAUCUUCCCCCCAUCAUCGUUAUCCACAGCAGAGCUCCUGGACUCUGCAGAUGACAGAAAAGACAAAGACCGAGGAAAAGAGGAACCAGAGCCUGUGUCUUUGAAGAAAUCUGUCCCUGUUCCUGACAGUAAAGCUGCUAUCCCAGUCAAACCCUCGUCUCUGAACCCUCCGAAUGCAGUGCUCCGUCCCGCCUCCCCCUCCGCCGGUCUGAGCCCCUCCCCCGAGUUGCGGCACUCUCCCCUGACUCCGCCCACUGUGGAGGAGCUCCGAAGCCAACUGCGAGAGCUGAGGACCACGGUGGAGCUGCUGAAGACACAACACAGACAGGAGAUGAAGCAGCUGGCCACAUCUCUGGACGAGGAGAAGAGAAUUCGUAUUAGUUUACAGAUGGAAGUAGAGCACAUAAAGAAGAGCCUGUUGAAAUGA